CGGGGCAGGGUUGAGUUUCUGGUGCGGGUAAAAGUUCAGAGGCAGCGAAGCGUUGGCUUUGUUGGCUUGGCAGUUGCCGAGGUAGGGUUUGGUCCGCUCCCUUCUGCCGCUAUGGCUGCGUUAAUGAAGAAAAUCAUCAGUACUGCAAGGGCUCCCGCUGCUAUGGGUCCCUACAGCCAAGCAGUGUUGGUAGAUCGGACCAUGUAUAUCGCAGGGCAGCUUGGUAUGGAUCCCUCCAGUGGGCAACUUGUUCCAGGAGGUGCAAAGGAACAAGCUCACCAGGCCCUCCAAAACAUUGGGGAAAUUCUGAAAGCUGCUGGCUGUGACUCCUCUAAUGUGGUAAAGACUACUGUACUGAUGACUGACAUGAAGGAUUUUAAUGAUAUUAACGAAGUCUACAAGCAAUUUUUCAAGUGCAACUUUCCAGCCCGAGCUGCUUAUCAGGUUGUGGCUCUUCCGAAGGGUGCCUGUGUGGAGAUUGAAGCUAUUGCCAUUUCGGGACCCCUUCAAGAUGCCUCACAAGCUAAAAUCUAGCAGCUCUGAUUUCUUUUGCCAUGGUCAUUUUCACUGUCUAUAGGAUUCAAUUCUGUCACUGAUUCUCUCAAAUAAUAUUAUUCCUGAAUUGUGAAUCUGACUCAUUUAGGUGUAUUUGGGUGGGCAGAUUGACUCACAGGCAUCACUGCACCAUUAAGGCUAUUUGUUUAUUCACGGUAUAGCAAUGUCAUUAGUCUCAGUUACUUUAAGAUGUGUGCCACCUGGAGAAUUUUGAGAGUUGAUUCAUACAUCUUAAAGUCACUGAAGUUGAGAAACAUUGGAGUAUACUAUGAGUAAAGGACACUACAAGACUAAAUACUGCAAGCUGCUUAAAAACAUGAGGUUGGGAAAGCAAUAGAUCUCUUCAGAUAAACUUGUCAUAGAUAAGAGAGAAUAGAUUUUCUAAAAUUUGGGAGUCAUGAUUAAUCUCUAGCUGUGUUUAACGUUAAGCAGAAUUGUAUACUUUAAAACAUGAGAAGAAAAAUCUAUGAAGAAUAAAUCAAAUUGCUAUAACACUGAUCUGUGUGGAUAACAUCAGUUUUGACUU